AGGACCAUACACGAAGGGGCGACCCGGCGGCUACAGCAGCGGGCUAUCACUCCUCUACCACCGGACUGAUAUGAGCCUUUAGUUGGGAGUUAAGACUAUAAACCGGAUGCCUCUAUGAUCCAGCUAACCUUACAGCGAGAUUCACAGUGUUCAGUUUGCACAAGAGGUAAGCCAUGGCUGAACCGAACCCCUCCCGCCCCCAAAGGAAGAUGUCCACUGCUGGGGAGAGUGUGUACAAGGUGCUAGGGCUGGAGAAAGGAGCGACAGCUGAGGACAUUAAGAAAGCAUACAGGAAACUAGCGUUGAAGUACCACCCAGAUAAGAACCCAGACAACCCGGAGGCAGCGGAGAAGUUUAAGGAGAUUAACAACGCCAACUCUAUUUUAAAUGAUGAGACCAAGAGGAAGAUCUAUGACGAGUAUGGCUCCAUGGGCCUUUACGUGUCGGAACAGUUCGGAGAGGAGAGCGUCAAAUAUUACUUCCUCAUGUCCAAGUGGUGGUUUAAGGGUCUGGUCCUGUGCUGCACGAUGUUCACCUGCUGCUGCUGUUGCUGCUGCUGUUGUUUCUGCUGCGGGAAGUGUAAACCACCCGACGAUGACGAAAACUACCAGUAUGUCGACCCCGAAGACCUGGAGGCCCAAAUCAAAGCGGAGCAGGAUGGAGGUUACACAGUAAUCAUAGGCCAGCCCAAAUCUGAUCUGGGUCCAGAAAACCCAGAAGGCCAGAGUCAGCCCAUCCCCCUGCCAAUGCCCAUGCCUCCACCUCCUGAGCCCCACUCGCCGACAGCGGGCAGUCCAGCGGGGGAAGAAAACCCCGGAGAGACCCUGCCAGAGUCGAAAUGACUCGAAAGUGACGGUGCGGGUGAGCCUCAACCAGCGGAAGCAGGUAGCCUUUCGAGCCCCUACUAUGAUCCAGCCACAUUCGACUGCUGCCAGAGAUCAACCAGCCCAAAGCCACCAGCCGGCCCAGGCCCACACCUCGACCCUGAACCCUCAGCCCACCUGAUCUACCCCCUGGACAACACCUGUGAGGUGGGAACUUAAAGGCUCCUGGCCCCCUCCAUUGAACCCAAGUUAUAGAGGAGUGUUUGUGCAAAUUAAACCACUCGCUGGGCUCUAAUAGUGCUGAGACCUUCACUGAAAAAUUCGAGUCCUCUUUCUCCUUCCAGCUUGCCACAUACUUUAGCCUAGCCUGGGCUCGAUGUGAUCUUGCCAUGGAUUCAGUCAUCCAUGGCUUGGCAACGUGCCUGGACUCCUCACCAAUCUGUUCUUGUCAUCCCAUUACAACCUGUAAGGAUGUGACACUGGGCUAGAAGAUGGCAAAAACACGGGGAUUUAAGGGCAAAAACAUCAUGGAAGAGUGAUCCUCUAUCUAUCUAUCUAUCUAUCCGCUGUCCAGACCAAGACUGGAAUUAUCUCUGUCCCAACCUCUGCUCAUGUCUCCCUCCAUUCUGGACUCCAUUUGCAACCAACAGGAGCACUUUUUUUUAACAUUUCUCCCCCUUUAACUUCCUUUGGAGUUGUCCUCCAAAACGAACAGUGUUUUUUUUUUUUUGGUAAAAGAACUCUAGUAUGAAAUUGGAUGACAUGUACACAUCAUCAUUACCCAGCAGCAGGACGGUGUGUGUGUGGAGGACCUUAUUGUUUCCUCUUCCUUCAGUCGCAUUCAGCUCCAUGUUGCAUUGACACCCUCUGUUGAUCAUCCUUUCAAACAAGCUCUUCACGCCAAGUGCAGUGGUUAAAAAAUAUUCCUCUGUCAAAGACUGCAGGACUAAUAGUUGCUUUUCUCAUGAUGGCACGGAUGUGACGAGGGGGAACUGAAGAGACGUGAUGCUGCAGAAGUGACUGCGUGACUGAAAGAUUAUGUCUUUGUUGUUAAAUGUCUGAGCCAAAACCUGGAGCUGAAAAUUUAGAGCAUGGAUCAGGAGUAGACUCGAGGCUUUCCUCCCCAAAGUGCAUGCAUUUUUUUUUCCAGAUGCAUGCCCCUGCCCCCACUGUACAGCACUGGAAUACAGCCCACAGCCCAGACCACAAAACAUGGAAGAACUGCCUGUUCUUAUACCUGACAGACGUGCAAACUCUGGUUACACACACCCACUAUACACUUGUACCAGUCUGUAUGUCAUCGUGUGCCACCCUUGGCUAAACAAUACAACCCCCAGUGUAAUCUAUUGACUAAAAUGGACAACAACAGAUGCCAUACCAUGGGAAAGAACCACAGCAUUUAAGUUUUAAAAUCAUUUUUAUUUAAUUUUGUGUCGCCAGAUCGCUGCGCUUCAUCUUGUGUUGCAGUCAGACUACUUGGUAGACCAAAGCCAACAGCUCCAUGUAGCCAGCCAACCCAUGAUAAAACUCUGGUUUCUGAAAAUGCUGUCUGCUCCUUAAACCACAGCUCAGUUUGUCAAACUUGUAUAUGCAUUUGGGUCUAUGCACCAUGUGAAAGCGGGUCCGUUGCCAUUUCAAAUGGUUACCUUUUUCUUCUCCUUCUUCUUCUUCUUUAAACCACAGUUCAGGGUGUACGUCUUUUAUUUUACCUCUUAACUUCCAGAAGAAAAAGUUACUUGAUUAUCAAUAAACUCAGGUCCAGAUUCACUAAGACUGCAUCGCAAGGGCAAUCGUCCGAUUUCAUUGCACCUGUUACUUGAGUGCAUUUUCAGCUUUCAUUUAAGUCACAUCAUGUUCUGUAGAUUCAUUUGUGUCCCUUGGAAAAAGAGCACUGAGCGAACAAUCAGCCCUCCUGUACUGCAAAUUUCCGGCACUCUUAUUUUAGUCGAAGGACUAAUCCAUUAAGUCGUGCAUCUCUGCACCAUAAACCUCCAUUUCUGUCUUGAGUUUCCAGGAUAUAAAACCUUUUCCCCACUGCUUCCUGAUUUGAUAAGAGACAGUAAUGUGCCUUGAACAAUAAUUGGAGCAGUGACCGAACAGACAACUCUUACUGCAGCAUUUUUCAAGGGAGUAUUUCAAAGCUGUGUGUGACUUGUUCAGCACGGCAUCGCUUGUAAAUAUAUAAUGGGAAAACAUGAUCAGAUAUACAUACAGGUACAUGAUUCUUCAGUGAUUAGCAUGCUAAUUUUGGUCAUUUAUUAUUGCUCUACCUGUGCAAACCUUUAGUGAAUCUGGAUCACUGUUGCAGGUUUUUUGAGAUGAUCCUGACUUUAGCAAAAUGAUUUAUACACUUGGACACGUUCACUCACUUUCACUUUCAUUUGACUUUUUCCCUUUGGAUUUUGGUCUAGUUAGAAAGGAGCAUCCAACUGUCAAUCACAGCUACUUUCUUCCAGAGCAGUGUUGUCUGCAUGUUCAGCGUUAGCGCUUCAGCUAAGUCAUUUUCUUAAUUUGUCGCUUUGUCUAUAUAAUGUCCAAAAACUGUGACUAAUGGCCAUCACAGGUUCCCACAGCCCCAAAAUGAUGCCAUUAAAUGUGAGUUUAUGUCCAACAAAUGCUCAAAAUGCAAAAAAAUGUAGUUCAGUAUCAUGUAAGACGGAGAAAAGCAGCAAAUCGGCACACUGUAGAAGCUGGAAUCAGAGACUGUUUUGGCAUUUUUUACUUUAUAAGUGACUCAAAUGAUUAAUCGAUUAUCAGAAUUGUUGCUGAUUGAUUUUCUGUCCAUUGAUUAAUCAACCUAUUGUCCCAGCUCAAGUCAGCUUUUACGCAGCGACACAAGAGGAGCCUUGUUGAGUUAUUGCCACACUUUAUGACAGCUGUUAUCAGAAUUUAAGUUGGUUUGGUAUUGAAUUAUAUGGCGACUGGUCUGCAUAUACUGUAGGGCCGUUCAGAGAGGUGACAGGCCGCGUUAAGAGUCGUCUUAACCCAAAGCCAUGUCAGUCCCCUCAGUAUUAAUAAAAUCUAAUUAGGUAACGAGUUUACUGUUCACCUUGCCAACAGUCAGUAUCAUGAGAAUGGUAUUGAGUAAUGUUUACUCGAGUAAGUACAUAGUGUAAGUGCAGCUAUCAUGUCACAGUUUAAUGUUUAAUCGCCUCCCACACACAUACAUGCUUUGAUUGAUCACUUUACUUCUAGAACAUGAGGGUUAUUAACUUUUUAACAUAAUUUUGGCGAGCGUUUGUGCCAGGAAAUAAUGUCAGCCAGUUUAACACUAAGGUAGAGCCAAUUUCAUCCAACCUUUCGUGUUACUUAUCAGUGUUGUGCGGUCAGAGGUCACAAGAGUUUAUGGGUUUUCUGAAAUGAAGGAAUGGACACUAAAACAUUCUUACGUCUAAACACUACAGUUAAAGACAGUUGAGCCAAAUCUUUCUAUCAGUGGGUGUUUUUUAAACGAAUAGUCCGACAUUUUAGGAAAUAUACUUCAUUUAUUUCCUUUGACGGAGUUAGUGCUCUUAUGCUCUUCAAUUGUGAGGGUUAAGCAUGGGCUAGCUGUUUCCUCCCUUUCUAGUCUUCGUGCUAAGCUAAGCUAAGCUAAGCAUCUAAUGGCUGUAGCUUCCUGUUUACUGUGCAGACAUGAGAGUGGCAUCAAUCUCAAGAGUACGUUCCCUAAAAUGUUGGGUUAUUCCUUUAAAUCAGAAUUAUUUGAAAAUAACAAAACUUCCAAAAAAAAGAUCGAUAAAACAAGGUUUUCUCCAACAAACAUUUUGUUGCCAUGCCAUGUUAGGUCUCUAUUAACAACAUUCAAACCUUUUCAAGAUUGUUUACUUCUGUCAUAUGUGUGUUAAUAGGUUGAUGUGCUGUUGAGAUUUAUUGUCUAGGGUGGAGCACUGAUGCUUGUAGGAGAAUUUUUGUACAUUUUUAAAUGAAACGUUCUCCCUUUGCAGUGACAGGUGAAAUUUAAAGGGUGUUCCUUUGUUUUUUCUCCCACUAUAAAUAAAGGCCAUAGGGUGUCUGUGUAUCAAGCUAAAGUUAAAGUGAUUUCUCAGCUGCUAAAACUCCUCGUUAUUAACAUUGCCUGGUGAACUGCAAUAAACUAAUGUAGACUGACAUGUAGGACCAGCAACCGAGCUCAUUGUUUCAUUUUGUGAUUUACAAACUGUUCUGAAACCAGCUCAGACAAGUACCUCCAUCAUUUUAUUUCGGCUUUGUCUUUGAUGGAUUAAAUAUCGGUUUGUACAUUUCAGAGGGACUGUCAGCAGACUUGAAAGUCGUCAUUUCAUCUGAAGUUCCAUCAAAAGCCAAAACCUCCCGUGUCCCGUAACAUUUCAGGAAUAUUCUUUUUGUCUUUCAGAUCUUUUCAAAACAGAAGUGUAAAAGCAAUGAGUCUGUCGCGCACUGAAAGAAGACAUACUAUUUAUUAUUUUUGUAACUGUUGUAAAUAACUCAUUAAACAGCAAAAUAACUGGCAAAAUCCUAAUUGUUAAUAGACAUCUUUUAUGAAUUAAUGUCUGUUUUAACAGUGUACAUACAUUUUUAAUUUUCUUUUUUAAUUUGUCACAGUAAUACCAUAAUUUAAAUGUAAAAUCACUGAAAGGGGGGAGGGAUUCAACAUGUUGGUUUUCAUGGGUGUUAAAUUAUGAGCUCAGGCUCUAAAAGUCAUUCGUAUGUCGACUUUAAAUACUGGCUUGAAUGCUUUGUGCUAACCUGAUAGCAUACACUGUGUUUAGUGAUACAACUCCAUGUUAAUGUAUGCCAAAAUAGUUAGCAUGGAGCUAACGUUCUCCCAAGGACAGAUGGAUGAUUUUGGAUCUGUGGUCUCAUUUCUCAAGUGACAAGUGGGACAAUCCACCAAAAUUGCUGUGUUUCUCAAAA